GAAAAAAAUGGAAUAGGGUAUUUUGCAAACAAAAAAUCAUAGAUAUAGUUAAUAUUAUUUUGGUGAGAUAAACAAUAAAUCAUAGAUAAAAGGAAACCUAUAGUUGAACACGCUUAUAUAUCUCUUACUACCGAACCCUAAAUCUUCACAAUUCUCUUCUCUCUCAAUUUACGACUUCUUGUGAAUCUCUUAAGAAUAUUUUUGAGAAACCUCUUUCAAACAUGAAUGAUCCCAUUCCCAAUCCCGUAGUGGAAGUUCAUGUCCAAGCUGAGAGAAGUCUCUCUUCAUCAGAAGAAUAUACAAACUCAAUCCUGCUCAUCAUCAAUACCAUAAAGGAUGAGACCCUUAUAAACCCUGCCACUGGCCAUCGAACCGUAAAGUCCACUCCGCUUUCCUAUAAUUCACUUCGCAUCAAUUUCAGUGUCCCUAGUUGUAGUCACCACCACAUCCAAUCGUUACUCUACGAUCGACUCCAUAGCGACGACCAUUGGUUGUGCGAAUACUUAGUCCCAAAGAUCUCAACGGCUGCAAUCAACUCAGGUUUUGGGUACAACGGCGUUGAAUUGAACGUGAGCGUCACAGUUACUUACCAGUACGAACGUGUGGACGAGGCCUCAUUAAAGGUAUCGAGGAUGGUUUUACUAGGGAGGAUAAAAGCAGAGGAGUUGAAGAGUGUGAACAUGGAAACAGAGUCGUGUUCAAUUUGUCUACAGAGUCUUUUCUCCAGUUCGAAAACAUCACCCACUCGCAUGAGUUGUUCCCAUGUCUUCCAUAAGGGCUGUCUCGUGGAGUGGCUCUACCGCAAAAACACUUGCCCGAUGUGUCGGACUGUGCUCUACGAUCAAUGAUGAUUCUUGGAACAGAGGAUUGAAAUUAGGGUUUUAUCUAUUUUAUUGCAUAACUUGGGUCACACGUAAGCUCUAUUUUAAGAAAAGUUUAUGUAUUUUAGUUAUCAAGGUUUUCAAAUCCAAAUUGGAAAUUCUAAUUUUGU